AUGGAUCUCAGCAAAACAAUCGUUCUCUUUGACGUUGAUGGGACGUUGACAAAGUCUCGGCUUUCUGUCACCGAAGAGAUGGACUCACUGUUGGGUGAGCUGAAAAAGAAGGUGAAAGUGGGCCUCGUCGGUGGCUCUGACCUGGGCAAGAUUGCCGAGCAGAUGUCACCGAAAGCGCUUGACGCCGAGCAGGCCAUCUACGAGGUGGUCAACAAGUACGACUACGUCUUCAGCGAGAACGGCCUAAUUGCCUACGAGGCAGGUAAGCUGGUAGGGAAGAAGAGCAUGCUGGGCGUCAUCGGCGAAGAGAAGUGCCAGCGUUUCAUCAACUUCUGCCUGCGCUACCUCGGCGGCAUUGAAAUUCCCGUCAAGAGGGGAAACUUCAUUGAGUUCCGCACCGGCAUGAUCAACGUCUGUCCAAUCGGUCGCACCUGUUCGCAGGAGGAGCGCCUUCAGUUUGCCGCCUACGAUGAGCAGCACAAAGUCCGCGAGACAAUGGUGAGCGCCCUGAAAGCGGAGUUCGGCAGUGAGUUUGGCCUGCAGUACUCGCUCGGAGGGCAGAUCAGCAUCGACUGCUUCCCCGUCGGCUGGGACAAAACCUUCUGUUUGCAGUACGUCGAGGCGAAGUUUGACCGCAUCUACUUCUUCGGCGACCGAACCUUCCCCGGUGGCAAUGACUACGAGCUGUUUGCCGAUCCUCGCACCAUCGGCCACUCCGUCACCAGUCCUGAGCACACUCAGCAGUUGCUUCAAGAGCUUUUCUUUUCUUCCUAA